CUGUCAAAAUGGCUUGCAAUGGCGGUGGACGUCCGUAGCGAUUGUGUACUCGGACGUCAGGCGAGCGGUAGUAAUCGUACGGGAUUGCGAAAAUUCGCGAAUUUGAACUCCUUCCCAGUCCGUGGACGGGAGAGAUUGGUACCCGCCGGGUCACUGCUAUUAAUACCGUGAAUUCGUGGGCGACAGUUUCGCCCGCCACUUUCUUGUCGUGCAGUUGUUUCUCUUGUGUUUUGUGUUUUUCUGAUUAGCCUGGGUUGUGCGCUCCGAUUGGAACCGGCAUAUCCACCGGAGCGUGGCCUCCAAUCGGAACGGCACCUGCCGAGCUGACGUUUCCGGCCGCCCCGCCACAAGUGCGGAAUUUUCACACUUGCAAAGCCAAUUAGAGAGGCAAACCCGCCACAUUCGAGUGCCAGCCACAUUUCCGGGUCGAACAGCAAGAGGACGACCAUGAGGGACUCCCAUGACAAAGACAGAUACUCGCCCGACAGGCGACGCAAAGAAUCUAAGGCUGAUUCCUCAAACUCGGAUCGCGGGAACGCGGCGAGGUUCAAAACCGAGCGCCGGGACGACUGGGAACGCUCGCGAGACGACUGGGAGCGGCCCCGCAACGACUGGGACAGAUCUCGGGAGGACCGCGACAGGCCAUACGACAGAAGACACGACAAUCGCGACAAAGACGACAGGCGGCGGGAGCGCUACCAGGACAGACACUACCGCCCGCGCGACCACAGAGGCCGUGGUGAGCGGGACAGGCGGCACUGGCGCAGCAGGUCAUCCUCACGAGACCGAUAUGGAAACCCCGACUCGCCGGGCGACAAACGCGACAAGGACCGCCGGAGAUACAGUUCGCAAAUGAAUCCUUCACAAGACAAAAGCGCUUGCUCGUCGAAUAGAAACUCAUCCUCGUCACUAUCUCAUUCGCAGGACACUAACUAUAACCCCGGCAAAGCCUCUCGGGACAUGGAUAGGCUCUCGGACAGCAAGGAUCAACCCUUCAGCCCGACCACGUCCAAAGACUUUUCAUAUCAGUCCUCCGCCAACACAUCAGCCGCCGAGGCCGAGCAGCACCAGAAAGCGCCAUCAGAGUCACCGAGCGCCCUGCCCAGCUACUAUAACCCGAGCGUGAUCAACCCGAACAAAUACGCGGAGCAAGUACAAAAGCGGAAACUGCUGUGGGGCAACAAGAAGUCAGACGACACGGCCAGCAAGUGGGGCAACGCCAAGUUCGCCCAGGACGCGGACGGCAAGGUGGCCUCCAAGUUCAUGCGGCUCAUGGGCAUCAAGGACAAACCCAAACCGCCGGCCGAGGAACCGGCCGCCACGGGCACGAACUGCAGCGAGAGCAUAAACAAGCAGGAGGAGAUGUUCACGAGCAUGGAGCAGCAGUACGAGGUGGCGCGACAGGCGACGCACACGAUGCGCGGCGUGGGCCUCGGGUUCGGCUCGCAAUCAAGGCCCUUCUAGGCACCGGGGGCGACUGCGUCCUGUAUUUAUCAUUUGGCUAAUUUCCCAUUAAGCAAACAAACUAAAGUUACGUCAUAUACAUAAUGAGGAGAAAUGUAUGCUAUAAAAUAUUGUAAAUGCGAAUUUCUAGAGGGAUUGCAAUCAGUCCGUGCAUAUAACAUAGAAAGUUGUUAAUAAAUGUUUCGUGUGAUGUUCAGAAAA